AUGUGGAAGCUGAGGAUAGGGGAAGGAGACGGAGCGUGGCUGAGGAGCGGCAACAAUCACAUAGGAAGACACUACUGGGAGUACGAUGCAAAUGCAGGAACUCCUAAGGAACGAGCCUACGUCGAAAAGCUCAGAAAAAACUUUCAUCACAACCGCUUUCGAUCCAAACAAAGCUCUGAUCUUUUGAUGCGAAUGCAGCUGAGGAAGGAGAAUGGUGGAGGGUGGGAGGAGACAAUAAAUACAGGGUCGCCGGGGUUGAAAGUGAAAGAUGGAGAAGAAGUAACGGAGGAAGCAGUGAGAAGGACGGUGAGAAGAGCCAUCGCUUUCUACUCAUCCAUUCAGGCCCACGACGGCCACUGGCCUGCCGAGUCUGCCACUGCCCCUCUCUUCUUCCUCCCUCCUUUGGUCAUAGCUUUGUAUAUAACAGGAGGAAUGAAUGCAAUUCUCACACCGGAGCACCAAAAGGAAAUCAUUCGCUAUAUUUACAACCACCAGAAUGAGGAUGGAGGAUGGGGAUUCCACAUAGAAGGUCACAGCACCAUGUUAGGAACUGCACUGUGUUACGUCGCAGUUAGGUUGCUGCAGGAGAAACGACGUCGUCCUAUUAGUGACGAUGACGAUGAUGGCUGCCAGGUGGACAUGGCUAAGGCUCGAACGUGGAUCCUUGAUCGCGGUGGCGUUGUGUGGAUUCCAUCUUGGGGAAAGUUCUGGCUCACGGUACUUGGAGUGUACGAGUGGGAAGGCUGUAACCCAAUGCCCCCGGAGUUCUGGCUUCUUCCUGAGUUAUCUCCCUUUCAUCCAGGAAAAAUGUUGUGUUAUUGUCGGCUGGUUUACGUGCCCAUGUCAUAUUUAUAUGGCAAGAGGUUUGUUGGCCCCACUACCGCAUUGGUUCAAUCACUAAGACAGGAACUCUACACUCAGCCUUAUCACAAGAUUAACUGGAACAAAGCCAGGAACAUGUGUGCUAAGGAGGAUCUGUACCACCCGAUACAUCUAGUACAAGAUAUGCUCUGGGGAUUCCUUCAAAAUGUUGCUGAGCCUAUUCUGAAGCAUUGGCCCUUCUCCCUGCUGAGAGAGAGAGCUCUAAAAUUUGCAAUGGAACUUAUUCAUUAUGAAGACGAGAACAGUAAAUAUCUUAGCAUUGGUUGUGUGGAAAAGGUCUUGUGUCUCAUUGCAUGCUGGGUGGAAGAUCCAAACUCAGAAGCAUUCAAGUUACAUUUAGCCAGAAUCCCAGAUUACUUUUGGCUGGCAGAAGAUGGCAUGAAACUUCAGGGUUUAGGCAGUCAAAUGUGGGAUGCAGCUCUGGCUGUUCAAGCAAUCAUCUCAAGUAAUCUUAGUCAAGAGUAUGGGCAAACACUUUGGAAAGCACAUGAUUUUGUAAAAGCCUCACAAGUUCUAGAAAACCCUUCUGGAAACUUUAGAAAAAUGUUCCGACAUAUUUCUAAAGGUGCAUGGACAUUUUCAACGCAAGAUCAUGGUUGGCAAGUCUCAGAUUGCACAGCAGAAGGACUGAAGGCUGCCCUCUUGCUCUCACAAAUGUCACCAGAUCUUGUUGGGGAGAAAAUUGAAACGGAACGUUUAUAUGAUGCUGUGAAUAUCAUUCUGUCCCUACAAAGUAGCAAUGGCGGCUUCCCAGCUUGGGAGCCACAAAGAGCAUUUAGUUGGCUGGAGUAUUUCAAUCCUACAGAGUUCUUUGAAGAUAUUAUAAUUGAACGGGAGUAUGUAGAGUGUACUUCAUCAGCAAUUCAAAGUUUGGCACUCUUUGUAAAAUUGCAUCCUGGACACCGAAGAAAAGAAAUAGGUAAUUGCAUUUCAAGAGGGAUUCGGUAUCUUGAAGAAACACAAAAAUCUGACGGUUCAUGGUAUGGUUGCUGGGGAAUUUGCUUCACCUAUGCCACUUGGUUUGCAGUCGAGGGGCUAGUAGCCUGUGGGAAGAACUACCAUAACAGCCCCACACUGCGUAAAGCUUGUGAGUUUCUGCUAUCAAAACAGCUACCGGAUGGUGGGUGGGGAGAGAGUUAUCUUUCAAGUUCAAAUAAGAUGUAUACAAAUCUUGAAGGCAACCAAUCGAAUUUGGUACAGACCUCAUGGGCUUUACUAGCCCUCAUUGAUGCUGGGCAGGCUGAAAUAGAUCCAGGACCCUUACAUCAAGGACUGCGCUUGUUGAUAAAUUCACAGAUGGAAGAUGGCGACUUCCCCCAACAGGAAAUGACAGGAGUAUUCAUGAGGAAUUGUGCUCUGAACUAUUCUUCGUAUCGAAACAUAUUCCCAAUAUGGGCUCUUGGAGAAUAUCACAGGCACAUUCUAUGGUGUAAUGAGUCAAAAUCAGGUAGUGCGCUGAAAGAACGGCUUCACCAUCAGCCCUCGCCUACUUGAAUGUUCCUUGAAAAAUUUGUAAAUAUUAUUAAACCAUAUUCAAAUUGAAAAAUGUGUCGUAAAGCCAUUAGUAGGAAGUCUCACUAUAGGGGUGUGAAACAUUUUUUCAAGAUGAAUUCAGAAUAAUGUAAUUUUUUUCAUCUUACGUGUGUUAUGCAGUGUAAGAAUUGUAUAAAUGGAUCAUUGUUUGAUAAGAAAUUGUUAAAAUAAAAGCUUUAUAGUUGUAGAUA